UUACACACCAAACUCGGAACAGGUCACCUACUUCUCCCCGUUGGCAACCUUACGGCGAGAGGACGCACUUGUCCAUCCAAAUCCCUUGGAAGUUGAAGUACGAGGGAAACAGAGUGCCAAGGCCAUUUCGUUUCAGCUCUGCUCUAACUCUUCCUUCUACUCUGUGUUGUCAUGGCUUUCGCAGCUGCUAUGCUUCCGCUGCCUGUUCAGCGAGGAAGUCCCUUGUUCGUCUUCAGCAGGCGGAGAAGAGGAAGUCUCUCCAUGGUCUCCAUGGUUCCGGCUGCGAGGCUGUUUGGGCCGGCCAUAUUCGAGGCUUCCAAGCUGAAGGUGCUCUUCUUGGGGGUGGACAAGGCGAAGCUCCCCAGGGCCUACACUCUCACCCACAGCGAUCUCACCUCCAAGCUCACCCUCGCCAUCUCCCACACCAUCAACCGCGCUCAGCUGCAGGGCUGGUGCAACCGACUGCAGAGGGACGAGGUGGUGGCCGAGUGGAACAAGGUCCAAGGAAAGAUGUCCCUCCACGUCCAUUGCCACAUCAGUGGCGGCCAUUUCCUCCUCGACCUCGUCGCCAGCCUCCGUUACUACAUCUUCUGCGAUGAACUCCCAGUGGUACUGAAGGCGUUCGUUCAUGGCGACGAGGCGCUGUUCAACGACUACCCGGAGCUGGAGGAGGCAAUGGUGUGGGUCUACUUCCACUCCAACCUUCCCGAGUUCAACCGGGUGGAGUGCUGGGGGCCGCUCCGGGACGCGGCCUCGGCCGGGAGGAGCAAGGCCGGGGAGGCACAGCCGCCGUUCCCGACAGACCGGCCGCGACGGUGCAAGGCGGAAUGCGACUGCUGCUUCCCUCUGCAGAGUUUGAUCCCCUGGCCGCAUGACUUCCAAGAGGAACGCCGGGAAUCUGCCGGCCGACCGCAGCAGUAACAAGGCAAGGUUGGCUCGUGCAGAACGCUUGCGAACGGAGUGCAAAUUGCGUCCUUAUUCUUUGGAUGGGACGAAACCUAUUCAUUUAUCGCGUUUCAUUCAUCUUUCUUA